UCCUUUCUCUCCGGAAUUCCAAACACGCCGGGAAAAAAAAAAUGAAUUCCCGUUUCACAUCCCUCCUUUCCCGAUCCCUCAAAUCCAAUCUCCACCACCAUCAAUUCCUCUCUUCUUCCACCGCCACGUCAUCAUCAUCAUCUGUACCUCAAACCCUCGAAUCCCUACGUCACCGUUUAGCCAAUGAAUCACCAACCCUAUCUGAUUUUAUUAAUCUCCAAUCAGACAACUCAUAUUCCGUCCAAGUAGGCACGAAGAAGAAGCCGUUACCGAAACCGAAAUGGAUGAAGGAAGCAAUACCUGGAGGUGAGAAAUACACGCAGAUUAAGAAGAAAUUGAGGGAAUUGAAACUUCAUACUGUUUGUGAAGAGGCGAAAUGCCCUAAUUUGGGUGAGUGUUGGUCUGGCGGUGAAACUGGUACUGCUACUGCUACCAUCAUGAUUCUGGGUGAUACUUGUACCAGAGGCUGCAGAUUCUGCAAUGUGAAGACAUCACGCACUCCACCUCCUCCUGACCCAAAUGAACCUGCCAAUGUGGCUGAGGCCAUUGCCUCAUGGGGAUUAGAUUACAUUGUAAUUACCAGUGUUGACCGGGAUGAUUUACCUGAUCAAGGAAGUGGUCAUUUCACUGAGACAGUGCAGAAGUUGAAGGCAUUGAAGCCACAUAUGCUCAUAGAAGCACUUACUCCAGAUUUUCGAGGAGACCCUGGGUGUGUGGAGAAAGUUUCAAAAUCUGGAUUAGAUGUUUUUGCUCAUAACAUUGAAACUGUCGAAGAGCUUCAGAGUGCAGUACGAGAUCGUCGUGCUAACUUCAAGCAGUCCAUGGACGUUCUGAAGAUGGCCAAGGACUAUGCCCCUGCCGGUACAUUGACAAAGACUUCAAUAAUGUUGGGCUGUGGUGAAACUCCCGAACAAGUUGUUAAAACAAUGGAAAAAGUGCGUGCAGCAGGUGUUGAUGUAAUGACAUUUGGUCAGUACAUGAGACCAUCAAAGCGUCACAUGCCUGUUUCUGAAUACAUAACCCCCGAAGCCUUUGAGAAUUAUCAAGUUCUCGGCACACAAAUGGGAUUUCGAUAUGUGGCUUCUGGCCCCAUGGUUAGGUCGUCAUACAAGGCAGGGGAAUUCUAUAUUAAAUCCAUGAUAGAACGCGACCGUGCAGCAUCUUCGUCCUAGCUUCUGGUCUUGAGAUGAUAUGUUGCAUUUUUGCACCACAAACUUGACGUUCACACAUUCUUUGAGAUUGAAAAGUUGAGUGAGCCAUCUGAUUUGUUUCCUGUUGGCCAUAUUUCUUCAAAUAGAGGAUAGCUAAAAAAAAAAGAAACAAUAUGUAGGCAUUCAAAGUCUGAUAGGCUUAACAUUUGCCUCAUGUAACUUGCUGUUAAAUCUAAUAAUCUCCUGCAGUUGUAAAUUAACUUAAUGUAAUUAUUCUUUAAAUCUCGCACUGCCGUUGAAGUCACGAGGCAUUCGAAGUGGUAGACAAUGAUGAUUUAGCGUUGCCAAACAUAAGCAUCAGAAAGCUUGAUUUUCGUGAUUU